GCAAAUGGCAGUAAUACGGUUGAGGUCUGCUAGAAAACGUAGCAAUAUUCGCAUUACAGUUAUAAAUAAAUAAAGAAAAUAUAGAGGAAGGAAGGAAAAAAGUUUAUUACACGAAAAUAUGGAUUGCGGUGGAGUUUUAGUGAAAUAUGUGCUCUUCUUAUUCAACAUACUCUUCGUAGUAUGCGGUAUAUUGCUAAUUGUCUUCGGUUCCAUAUUAGUAUCACACGUACAGCAAGUGGGUAGCAUUGCGCAAACGUUUGAAGCUAACAGCGUCCCCAUAGCAAUUCUUAUACUGGGAUGUGUGAUAUUCAUUAUUUCGUUUUUGGGUUGCUGCGGUGCAAUACGCGAGAAUACUUGUUGCACAAUGACGUACUCCGUCAUUAUGCUCGUCCUCUUGCUGGUUCAGAUUGCUCUGGUGAUACUUGUUUGGACACAACGUGCCAAAUUUCUCAAUUAUGUAGAUCAAAUUGUGGAAUCAAUUUGGAAGCAACACAAAACAGAUCAAAAAGUAAUGGACGCUUUGCAAUUGACGUUUAACUGUUGUGGCGUAGAUGGCGCAACUGAUUACACCUUAAAUCUCGAGUCAGUCCCCAAUUCCUGUUGUGGCACAAACGCCGCGUCUUGUAAUAUGUUAGAUGCUAUAAAGAGACCUGGUUGCGAGGAAGCUUUCCAUUCAUUUUGGGAUAAAAGCAUAAAUAUUGUACGUUAUGCUGGCCUCGGAGUCGCAGCUAUUGAAUUAGUGGCAUUUAUUUUCGCCUGCUGCUUAGCGAAUCAAGUGCGUAACAGUCAAAGGAGAGCAAACUACUAAUUACAAAAUGGAGGUUAUUUGUAAUGUUGUGUUUGCAAGUCUUAGCUUGGCAGCGAUUACAGUUUGCUUGUCACCAAUAAAACUAUCAAAUAUUUUGCAUCUAAGAAGUAACUAUUUAGCUUUUAUGAAAAGUAUAUGAAAUCGGUUUAUGCUAUAAGAUUUUGUUAUAAUGAUUUGAAUUCAAAACGAUUAAAUAAAACUUAACAAAUUUGUGAGGAAGCGGAAGCCCCGACGAAAA